AUGAGGCAGUAUGUUCAAGUUCCAACUGUUGAGCAAGAAAAAGCCUAUGAUUAUAAUUCUGCUUUUGAACCAAGACCAUGUAUGUGUUUGGGAGUGUGCUGUUGCUGUGCUGCUUUGCGACCUCGCUACAAGCGUCUGGUAGAUAACAUAUUUCCUGAAGAUCCAAAAGAUGGUCUUGUUAAAGCUGAUAUGGAGAAGCUGACUUUCUAUGCAGUUUCUGCGCCAGAAAAGCUGGAUCGAAUUGGUGCUUACCUAGCAGAGAGACUGAGUAGAGAUGUUGUCAGGCAUCGCUAUGGGUAUGUUUUAAUUGCCAUGGAGGCAUUGGACCAACUUCUAAUGGCUUGCCAUUCUCAAAGCAUAAAACCGUUUGUGGAAAGUUUCCUUCAUAUGGUGGCCAAGCUUCUGGAAUCAGGCGAACCAAAGCUGCAAGUUCUUGGAACUAAUUCUUUUGUCAAAUUUGCCAACAUUGAGGAAGACACACCUUCAUAUCACAGACGCUAUGACUUCUUUGUGUCUCGAUUCAGUGCCAUGUGUCAUUCAUGUGACCACGAUCCAGAAAUACAAACCGAGAUCCGAAUUGCUGGAAUCAGGGGCAUUCAGGGAGUGGUUCGAAAAACAGUUAAUGAUGAACUUCGAGCAACUAUAUGGGAACCUCAGCACAUGGACAAGAUAGUACCAUCAUUGCUGUUUAAUAUGCAGAAAAUAGAAGACAUUGACAGCAGAAUAGGCCCUCCAUCCUCUCCUACAGGAGGAGAGAAAGAAGAGAAUCCUGCUCUGCUGGCCGAGAAUUGUUUCAGGGAACUACUAGGACGAGCAACCUAUGGAAAUAUGAAUAAUGCUGUCAGACCAGUUUUUGCGCAUUUAGACCAUCACAGACUAUGGGAUCCCAAUGAAUUUGCUGUUUCCUGCUUCAAAAUCAUCAUGUAUUCUAUACAGGCACAAUAUUCCCAUCACGUAAUACAAGAAAUUCUUGGACACCUUGAUGUUCGCAAAAGGGACUCCCCACGAGUUCGUGCUGGCAUUAUUCAGGUUCUUUUGGAAGCAGUUGCAAUAGCAGCUAAAGGAUCAAUAGGCCCAACGGUUCUGGAGGUUUUUAAUACCUUGUUGAAGCACUUGCGCAUCAGUGUUGACUUUGAGCUGGGUGAUAGGCGCAGUUCAGCGGGGAGUGCCACUUUCAGCACAAGCUCCAAGGAGAGUGAUGAGAGGAUUGUCCAGAAUGCAAUUAUUCAAACAAUUGGAUUUUUUGGAAGCAAUCUCCCAGAUUACCAGAGGUCAGAGAUUAUGAUGUUCAUUAUGGGAAAAGUACCUGUUUUGGGGACAACGUCACAAUCACUGGAUACCAGUCACCUUGGAGAUUUGGGAACUAGGAGGAUUCAAAUCAUGUUAUUGAGAUCUUUACUUAUGGUGACUUCAGGAUACAAAGCAACAACGAUAACUAAUGCACUUCCUCCCCCGUUUCUGGACCCGUUAUUGUCUCCGUCACUCAUGGAAGACUCUGAGCUAAGGCAGCUGGUCUUGGAAAUACUGCAUAAUCUCAUUGAUCGGCAUGACAACAGAGCAAAGCUCAGAGGGAUACGAAUAAUACCAGAUGUUUCUGAUCUAAAGAUAAAACGAGACAAAAUUUCAAGGCAAGACGUGAGCUUCAUGAAAAAGCAUGGUCAGCAGUUGUACAGACACAUCUACUUAGGCUGUAAAGAAGAAGACAACGUCCAAAAAAACUUUGAACUGCUGUUUACAUCUCUAGCUCUUAUCACAAUUGAGCUUGCCAAUGAAGAAGUGGUUAUUGACCUCAUUCGAUUAGCUAUUGCUUUGCAGGACAUUGCCAUCAUCAAUGAGGAUAAUCUACCAAUGUUUAAUCGUUGUGGUGUCAUGGCAUUGGUUGCAGCGUAUCUAAACUUUCUGAGUCAGAUGAUUGCAGUUCCUGCCUUUUGUCAGCAUGUCAGCAAGGUCAUCGAAACUAGAAGUCUGGAAGCAUCUUAUUUUCUACCAGAAACAAUUUUCAAAGACAAAUGCAAUCUUCCAAAAUCCUUAGAGAAGCAUGAAAAAAAUUUAUUUUUCCUGACAAACAAGAUUGCAGAAUCAUUAGGAGGCAGUGGAUACAGUGUGGAAAGAUUGUCAGUUCCUUAUGUACCCCAGGUAACAGAUGAGGACAGACUCUCCAGGAGGAAGAGCAUUGUGGACACGGUAUCUAUUCAGGUGGAUAUUCUGACUGGCAACAACAUAGAGGAUAAGAUUGAUAAUACUGAAGAAAUCACCUUUGAAGCUUUGAAGAAAGCAAUUGAUAACAAUGGACUUGAAGAACAGGAAAAAGAAAAAAGGCGCCUUGUAAUUGAAAAGUUCCAAAAAGCACCAUUUGAAGAAAUCGCAGCACAAUGUGAAACCAAAGCAAACUUCCUUCAUGAUAGACUUGCACAGAUACUGGAACUCACCAUUCGUCCUCCACCUAGCCCCUCAGGAACGAUGACCAUUACUGCUGGACAUGCUCAUUACCAAUCUGUUCCAGUCUAUGAGAUGAAGUUUCCAGAUCUUUGUGUGUAUUAAGUGUCUUCUGAAGUCUGCUGGACAUUAUUUAGAGUAGAGUACAAUAGAAAGAACAAGAUGAGUUUUCAAAUUUUA